AGGAAGUCAGCUUAGAGAGGGCAAACCACAGACGCUGCCAAGAAGUGAUGAAGAGGGAGUCAAGGUGCUCAGACUGAGAAGAAACAAACGACACACAACACUCGGAAAUGAAGAGAGAGUGUGAGAGGUUGUAGCGCUGCAGGGGGGUCAUGUGGGAAGCCCCUGUUUUGAGAUGGUACAUUUACUUGAAUGUGCAAGAUUUGCAGAAGCGAGACCACCCACCGACUCAGGCUCACCUCCAGUAAAUUCACCGACACCCUUGCUUUAAGGAAGACACUGAGCAGAGAGUAGAAAGAGGAAGCAGCUUGCUGUCGAGCAGCUCCGAUCUCGGCGUUUCUCUAUUUCAUUAAACCAAAUAAUGAUGUGCUUGGUGGAGCGUUUCUCACUCGGUCUGGCUGCGACUGGAAGAUGAUUGUUUCCACCAUGAGGCCAAAUCAGAGCCGGACCGUCCUGCAUGCGUCUAUCUUGGUGGUGCUGCUUCUGACCUCAAACGUUGACAGUGGAGACUCUGAAACUGAAGAAUGCACCAAAACAAUUAAAGUUCGCCGCAACACAGUUUACAAGGCUUUAGUUGGACAAGAACUCAGGAUUAACUGCACAGUUGUUUUCUGCAGCAGUUUAAAAACAGUCUCCUGGUAUAAAUUUGAGAAUAAAUCUAUCCCCAUUGAUGUCACAAAUAUCACUCACAUUAAAACAGAGUGGAAGAUGUUAAACGAGCUAGAAGGGAUAUCAUUUUUGGUCUUCCGAAAUAUUCUCAGAAGCGACUCAGGUGAUUAUCAGUGUCGCAGUGGAAGAGAUGCGAGUCAUAUCAUCAAUGUUACUGUCUAUGGUGAUAAUGAGACCACCAGUGUUACACCAAAGGAAAACAAUACAGACAACCUGAAUCAUAAUGUUGACUUCUCAGAAAACUUAUUGAUCUAUGUGUACUCGGCUGCUGGGAUUGCCACGCUCGUCAUCAUAGUGAUAAUUGUAUCUGUCAUAUCAAUGCGAGGGUGUAAAGGAAAUUCACAGAAGAAAUCAGAGCAACAAACUGACAAUCAGUACAUGGCGAUCCCGAUGGCCCAGCAACCAUUCCCACCUGCCACCCUCCAGCCCUCGCCAAGAGGAAGUCCCGCUGUGCCGCCGUCUCGGAGGUCUACCAGGAGAAAGAGGCCCACUGAGCCGCCGUCAGCCAGAGACGGUGCACAGGUUUGUGGCCAGGAGUCAGAGGACAGAGAGAGACAGAGAAACACAGCUGAGGAGGAGAGCUCUUCUGUUGUCUAUGCUGCCCUCGACCACCAGCUGCCACCGAGGGCAGCCCCUCGAACACGGCGGCUGGUGGAGGAAAGUUCAGAAUAUGCAGCCAUCCGUGUGGCAUAAGGACCAGCUGGACUAAAUCACACUAGAAGAUGACUGAUUUAAAACUGGCUUACACCUGCUUCAAGAGGACAAAUACAAGGAGAUGCAAUGAUCCUCUCACUGUGAGGAGUAUGGAUACAGAAAACUCAUAAUUUCAUUUACAUUUUUUAAAAAAAACUGCCCUUUUAUCACGGCCAACCAUCCACCCAAGUCCACCUGAGACAUCAAAGAUUGUUUCUAUAAUGUAAAUGGCACGUUAGCACACAUGCACUGUUGAUUUGUAGAAUACAUGACCUCCUGGUACACUGCAAUGCAAACCACCACUGCGUCGGUGCAGAGUGGUUUCCGCUUCAGUGUGUCGUGUAAAAUGGCACAUGCUAACUGGAAUCAACAACAGAAUGCAACCUGUAUCAACAACACUGCCAACAGCGCAGACUAAUAAACACGUUUUUCACAUGCAGGGUUUUUGGUGCUCCCCAGGAAGAAGUUUAGUCCAGCCUCAAAGCAAAAUCACCAGCGCCUGAAUGAUAAAACCUGAGAACAAUACCUGUUUUGGUAAUUAGGGUUUCAUCAACUCAAGCAUACUUGUUCACAAAAUGUCCAGAAACAACAGGAAAAUACAUAGAUGUCUGUCAGAAAGACUAAUAGAGUCGUUGAUUUUACAGCAUGCCGACUGUUAUCUCCUAAAGGCCCAUUCUGAGCCAGGACAAACUUUCAACUUCCCUUAAUGUUAACCCGUUGAUGCCCAACAUGGGUCAAAAGUGACCCAAAUCCAAUGGAAAAUGGGUAUCUCCCGACCCUCACUGUGCAUCAAAGGGAUAUGCAGGACUUGCUAAAAUGCAAGAAUCAGUUCACCCUCGUCAGUGGCUUUUCAUGCGAAUACAUUUGAAUAAUGCAAAAAUAAAUAGGCUACAGUUAGCAUGUAGCAAGCAACAGCUAGAAAACAGCUAGGCACGUCAGUAGCUUGCAAGAUUUCCUGGUUGGCUCCUCAAACUGUAAUAAUUAGUUUUAUUUUACUUGAUUUAUCAACAAAUAUAACUAAAGCUUAAUUAUGUUUUUUGAGGAUGUUAGCUGUUCAGUUGCAGCUGCAUCAGUCAGAGCAGCUUCAAUAUAGAAGCUGCCAAAAAGCAUUUUACAUGUUGAAGGAGAAGUCUGCUGAUAUUUUCCAUUUUGUGUCAUUGACAAAUACAAUGAACACACAAACAACAAUGAUCUGACUCGACUAACAAACACUGUCUGCGCUGUAAAACUUCACAUCUCUCACUUCUCUGUGCAUUAGAGCUUCAGCGUUGCUACUAAACUAUUAAACUCAUGUGAAUCAGCCAAGAUGAAAUGUUUCUUCAUUAGCAGGAACUUAAAUUAAUCCCCCAUAUACAAAUCCUGCUGCCACAAAUGACCACGAGAGCACCAAAUACUGUGUAUGAAUCCGCUACCCAACAAAUGUGCUUUUUCCUCAUGUUUGAGUAAUGUUUGCUAAAAAAUGAAGGCUCCCCAGUUUUUCUAGGAAAUUUCUUACUAUAUAUUAUGUAGCCAUUUAAUUGUGAGCAGUUAUGAGAGAUUUACAUCUUCGGGAAAGCAGUGAGAAAUAGACAAAUGCUGCAUUUUGGUAUUUUCAUUGAACUGGUUCAUGUAAAUUUGACUUUUCCUCUUAGACACAGAUGGGAAAGGAACUGAAAUCAAGCUACACAGUCGUCACACCGGUAAUGAGACACCCUCUCUUACCAAACUAAACGUAUUUUUAUGGAUUCUUCUGUUUUGCGAUGUUGAAUGUUUUGCUUAAUGCACUCGUUGUAGGUUAAAACUGUGAUGUUGUACAUCCAUGACUUGAAUUUACUCUUCAGCAGCAUCACAUGUGGUGACUGUAAUGGUUUCAUCCUGCACCUAAUCAGCUACUGACUCAUUUUCUGCCACUAUGACAGAUUACUGAGCUUUUGUAAUUACUGAUUGUGAUUCUUUGACAAAUCAAGAAUGUAAUUUAAUCAUUUUGUGCAAUCGAAUGAUGUAAUGUACAUUUGUUUUAAAAUAAGAAUAUAUAACGCCAUCACUGCC